AUGUCAGAGCCCCGGCUAUUCACCGUUCGACCACUCUCAAAGCCAACACGGAGCGAUCACAAAGAUGCCUUCCGGGUCUGCUUCUCCGCAUCGUCGCUCGCAAACCUCAAACUUCGCGUUGGAGAUAUCUGCAGCAUAACGCAUGCUGAUGCGCCUCCCAAAUCUGCAGUCGCCUGGAACGCCGCCGAGAAUAUCCAAAAUACCGUGGUACAGACGUCCCGGACCCUCCAAGACUGCUACGGCAUCAAGCUCGGAGAGAAGGUCACGAUCAAUAAAGUGGAGGGGCCUUUGGAAGAAAUAGAUUCGAUAUACCUGGUGGAAUGCUCGGAUGCCGAACGAAUUUCCAAAUAUGGGCCCCUCUCGCCCUCGGACGUGGGGCAUUGGUCCUGGGCCUUGGGGCAUCCCCUUGAGAGAUGUGAUAUCCUGGCUGUUGGUUUAGUGUUUGAUCUAGAACUCAAAGGUCAGCGAAGAAGCUUUAAAGUGGCAAGCAUUCGUCCACAAAACCCAAAUACCGAUAAUACUUUGUUCCGAUUUAGUGAACAAACUAAGGUCUUAAUCGGCGAAGACUCAGACGGGGAGACAGCCAGCCGGAAUCCCUUGAUCCAGGUACAGUCGACAGGUCUGGGGGGUGUGAUGCGCCAGAUCGAUAGUAUCAACGAAAGCCUGUCAGAUUUCAACCUGGCCGCCGAAGGGCUGGCAAUGCCGCCAUUCUACGAACACACCCGGGGUCUCCUCAUCUACGGUCCCAAGGGGACCGGGAAGACCGCGCUCUUGGGGCAGAUCCAAGCAGCGGGGUGGAAGAAAACGUUCAAUAUCGGCUCGACAUUUACGAGAAAUAUCGGCGAUGGAGAGGCGCGACUCCGAAAGGUUUUCCACGAGGCCGCCCGCUCCCAGCCGAGUGCCGUGGUGAUUGAUCAGCUGGAAUUUCUUGCUCCAAAGAGAGCCUCGUUGGAGGGGCACUCGCUCUCAUCGGUCUUAUGCGAAUGUCUUGACCUUGUGAGGGGGUCUCGAGUCCUGACGGUGGCUACGACUCGACACCCGAAUGAUGUUGACGAUGCGUUGAGAACGCCACAUCGCCUGGCGAUUGAAAUUGAACUCCAAGUUCCCACGGCCCGAGACAGGGCUGAAAUACUCCGUGCUAUCUGUGGACCUUCGUCAUCGGGCAUCAGCGAUGCCCUCAUAGAAUUGAUUGCGGAAAAGACCCAUGGCUAUGUCGGAGCGGAUCUUUACGCCUUGCUCCAGGCUAUAUGUCGUAAGGCUCGACAGCGGUAUGUUGCCAAUAAACAGCCUGGCGACUCUGACCCCACAACGUCGGAUGAUAUGAGUGUAAUUGGGAGUCGUGUCUCGGAAGGCGAGCCAAUUCCUCUGGACAUCCAAGACGACGAUGUGUUGUUGGCCUUGCAGGAAACACGGCCUACCGCGAUGCGAGAAGUCUUUCUAGAGACGCCCAAGAAAGCCGUUGAGAGGCCUCUGAAGCGGCCGGAACGAAUGAAGAGACUCAACGUCAACAACAAAAAGGGUAUUCUUCUGUAUGGACCGCCGGGCUGUUCCAAGACGUUGACGGUCAAAGCUCUUGCAACCGAGGCAGGCCUAAACUUCUUGGCUGUCAAGGGCGCAGAGAUCUUAAGUAUGUAUGUGGGCGAGUCGGAACGUUCCUUGCGCGAAAUCUUCCGCAAGGCGCGGUCUGCAAGGCCCAGCAUCAUUUUCUUCGAUGAAAUUGAUGCCAUUGCCUCCAAGCGCAGCAGCACGUCUCAGGGUGGUGUAAAUGUCCUGACCACUCUGUUGAACGAGAUGGAUGGAAUUGAGGAGUUGAAGAGUGUCCUCGUUAUUGCUGCCACUAACAAGCCCGACGUGAUCGAUCCGGCACUGAUGCGCCCCGGUCGUCUCGACAAUAUCCUUUACAUCGGACCGCCUGACUUCGAGGCCAGGAAGGAGAUCCUGAACAUAUGGUGUCGCAAAUCUGUGGUGGAUCCUGAUGUGAGCUUGGAUGAGUUGGCAUCGCGAACCGCGGGAUACUCCGGCGCUGAGAUCGUCAGCAUCUGUGAGACUGCUGGAGAUGCUGCAUUGGACGAGGAGGAAGAAACUGGCCGGGAGCAGGAUGUUGGAUGGAGACAUUUCGAAUACGCGUUGAAGCAAGUGAAAAGGCAGAUUACGGACGAGGUGGUCCAAGAAUAUCAGCGGUGGCGAGAAUCGGUAGACACCUGA